CGUGCGUAGUUCAGCUUCUACCGAUAAUCUAUCUAGGCUUCGAGAUGGCAUCCUCGAGAAGGUUGCUGGCGGUGACUUUGCUGGCGAUGCUGGUCGCGGGCGCGUGGUGCGCGGCACCGGUGACCUUCACGGUGGAGAAGGGGUCGGACACGGGGUCGGGAAAGAAGCAGCUGGCGGUGCUGGUGAAUUACGACAUGCCAGGCGACACCAUGUCGGAGCUGGAGAUCAUGCAGCACGACGCCGACGACUGGGUGGCCAUGACCAAGGACGAGGGCGGCCUGUGGACCUUCGAGAGCGCCGAUCCGCUCGUGGGCCCCUUCAACUUCCGCUACUUCACCACGAAGGGCAUGAAGAACGUCUACGACAGCGUCAUCCCAGAUAACUACACGAUCGGCACCACCUACACACCCGAAGGGUAGCGUCGCUCGACGGCCAUCCACAGAAUUAUGUUCGGUAGAUCUUUCCUGGGUUUUGGCAAUUUUUAAGAGAGAUGUGAUGUACGGAUAAUAGAAAAAGUUGUUGAGGCCACUCUUGACCGGUUCCUUUAUGUAUGUAAUUGUGUCCGCUCAGUUUCUCGAAGGUCCUAGGGGUAGGGAGUGUUUAUGCGUUGAUAUGGCUAGUGUGCAUCUGUGUGUGUGUGUUAGCAUAUGAGUUUGUAUUGUGUUUCAGAAUAAACUAUAUUUGCUUA